AUGAAAUCUUCCAGGUCACCGUCUAAAGAAAAGACGACCAAGGAAUCUCCCCGAUUCAGCUAUCGUGCAUUCAGUGACUUUGGAACUUCACCUACUCCGAUGUCUCGUCAGACCAGGGAGGAUAGCGACUUUUGGAUGGGUCGCUACCUGGCUCCUGGCACCCCUUCCCCCAUAAGAGCCAACCAAACUCUUGUUUCUCCAGAACGACGAAUGAGUUUCCCGAUACGCGAACCGAGUCUUGCUAUCAGAGAAAAAGGGACUGGGUUUCAUGAUGACAAGUUGGCCAAAUCUCAAGGCAACUAUCGACACCCAUCUCUGCGACGCGGAUCGGGUAUCGCAUAUCAGACACCAGAAGUUUUUGGUAGAUUUGAUCUCAAUCGGCGAAGGUCGCAGCGAGGCGAUAUCCAACCUGUCGAGCAUCGACCUCUUGCUGUGAUCACCAAAUAUCCUAAGCAACCGCAACCUGAGCCUGAGCCUGAGCCUGAGCCUGAGCCUGAGCCUGAGCCUCCUAAAGUUCAUUCCCGAGCCCCAACAGCGGAUUUUGAGAGUGAAAUUUGGCCCGCGGUGCAAGACAAAGUCCAGUCUCUUAUCGAAGAGAAAGUGUCGGGACAGAUAGAAAAAAUGCUGCAGGAACGGGAGGCCGAGUUGGAGUCUUUGACCCGCCUUCCACUGCUAAAAGCAGACAGCUCUCCCGAGGUGUACUUGGCUUACGUCCAAUUCCUUCAGAAGAGAUUGAAAGCAAUGUCGAAAAACUCCCCCAUGAAACGAAAGACUGAAGCUGUCAUGUCGUUGGCGCUGGACUUGGAGCCAGGACUAGAGACGGGCCUUCGCGAGCAUUUGGCCCAAAUCGCCGCUGGAGAGAGCAAUCAUGAAGCAAACAAGGACCUGGAAAUGAGCGACCGAGAGGGCCAAGAGGAAGAAGAACCGCAGAUAGACGAUGAAGACGUGGUUACGAUUCCUGACGAAGACGAUUCAGAUUACCAGGACGAUCCGGAUGAUGUCGAUGAGGAAGAUAAGAUCUUGCCUUCUAUCGAACGUUGUACCCCAGUUACCACGCCGGCGAUAAUGGUCCAGCUUCACAGAUAUGAAGAAAGAUAUAUGAAGUCUGUACGGUCUGCAAAACUGGAGAAAGAAGCACACAGUCGCGUGCUCAGUCCUUUGGACAGACACUCGAACAUGCCAAAUGGCAGCUCCGAUGACCCCCAACAAACGACUGGCCAUCUUGAGACCUCACGCAAGGUUAUAGAACUCGAAGACACCUCAAAAGGGGAAUCGGGGGAUGUGCCUAACGACAAGAAGAGGCAUUUGGAACCUCCAAGCACCCCGACUCGAGCAGGCAGCAAGAGACGUUGCAUCAUCAAGCCCUCGCCUGGACGCAUACACAGUCCAGCUUCGUCAACUUCUUCAUACUUACCCUCAGUGGAUGAGAUGUACAGCUCAAGGUUGGCAAAGCGAUCAUCUCCAGCAACACAACCCAGUCCCAUGAAUAGCCAGCGCUCACAGGCUACCAGCCUGACUUAUAGUCCAGCAGUGAGGGAACAAGAGGGACCAAGAGAUGUCUCUGGUGCUGCCCCUAGGCCUCCAGUACCGCUAUUUGGCGAGUCGCCCGGUCUGUUCAUGACUCCCGAUCCAGCUCCCGCCAGCAAUUCGUUUGCCUUUAAGCGAAGCACGUCUAGUAGCGCACGAAAUGUCGAUCAGAUACAGCACGAGGGCAGAUCACCGUCUCGCUUCCGAGAGAACACGGCCGAUUUUGAGGCCCUGGAUACGCCCCAGAAGUUGUUGUUGCUGUUCAAACUGACCAGAGGAAAGAAGUCAUAG